GUUCCUCUUUCUGCCUGCUUUGCUUUCCCCUCCUCCGUCGACACACCAGAACAAAUGGAACGCCCCUUCCUGACUCUCGCGCCAUCCCUCGGUCGAACAACAACAACAGCAGCAGCAGCAGCAGCAGCAAUCCGCAGCAGUAGCAGCAAUAAUAUACGUGGAUUGCCCCAAAUUGCGCCUUUCAUAAUCAGACAACAACAUGCGUUCUCCUUCUCCGCUCGCCGCUUAGCCACGCAUGACAAUGCCGCCGCUCUGCGCAACGGAAUGGUCAAGGCAGGCGAGAACGGCACUACGCAAGCGCAACCACUUGCCGGCUACUACCACGAUAUUCUCUCGACCCGCUCCCCCUACGACCGGCAGACCGUUCCUCCCCGGCUACAAUCCCGCGAGCCAGCCGAGGAACCGGACCCCCCAACGAAGAAGCCCCAGACACCGGAGGAGAAAAUGGCCAUAGUCUUCGGGACCCGUCUCGCAGGCCCCGGCCGAGCCUCGCGCUACGACCCCGGGGCCGCGCCGGACGCGACCUGGAGAACCGUGAACGGGGUCGCGAUCCCCCCGCGUCCGGAGGAACCCGACAACUGCUGCAUGAGCGGCUGCGUUCACUGCGUGUGGGACGACUAUCGGGACGAGUUGGAAGAAUGGGCUGCGCGGCUUGCGCAGGCGAAGGCGAAGGGCUCGCCCGCAACAAGCGACGGCAAGGACCAGCGCCAGACGCCGAGGUCCGAGGUCAAGGCCGCCAGCGGCAGUAUGGACGACGACGGCGGGGGCAGUGAAACGAACUGGACGCUGCCGGAUCCCAAUGAGGAUCUGUUUGCCAAUAUCCCCGUCGGGAUCCGGGAGUUCAUGAAGACGGAGAAGAAGUUGAAGCAGAAACACCAAGAGGAAGCCCACACGUGAGACAAUUGAUGAAAGACUUUUUUACGCCUCUCCCGAUCCCUCCCUCUUCCUUUAGACGAUGAUUAUACCCUGUCUCCCAUGGUUCUGUGUGGGUGUGUGUGCGUGUGCGUGUGUUUGUGUAUAUAUGUUAAGUAUAUAGAUGUUUUUAGAGCCUUCCGGACGUGCGUGAGGUGUAUAUAAACCACUAUGGUAGUAACAAGAUGAUCCUUCAAUAAAUU